AUGGCCGCGUUCCUGGCGGCCGCUGCUUCGCCCAACGUCGCGCUGCAACUUCGGCCUUUGGUGCGCCGGCCUCUGCAAAGCACGGCCCUUGGCCGUGACAGCGAGCCUCAAAGGAGGCGAAGUGUGAGCUUCGGCGCAGCGCAGGGCCUCGGUGUCGGCGCAGCCGCUGGCUUCGCGGGCGCGUUCCUGGGGCCAGCUUUCAGCCGGCGGCGGCUGCUGGCCGCGCGGCGAGCCGGGGCAGACUUGGUGGACGGGGAGGAGGCUGAGUCAAGCCAGACCUUGGCCAUCGUCGGUCUCGGUAACGUGGGCGCUCAGUUCGAUGGGACUCGGCACAACAUCGGCUUUGCGGCCGUAGACGAAGUCGCAUCGAAGCUCCUAAGCUCUGACAGAUGGGCCCUCAGCGGCAGCAUUUGGCAGGAGGCGUUUUCAGGAACUGUGCUGCGCCUGAAGCGGACAGCUUCGAAGGGGACGGACUCCUACGAAGAAAUCCUAUUGUUUAAGCCCUCUUCCAUGAUGAACGGCUCGGGCCGGCCGGUGUCGGAACUGGUGUCGUCCCUUGGGUUGCCGGAAUCCGCACUGGUCGUGAUGUACGAUGACAUGGACUUGGAUGUGGGCCGGCUACGCCUGCGCAAGUCCGGCUCUGCCGGAGGCCAAAAUGGCGUGAAGUCCAUCCUAAACCAUGGCCUCCAGAAGUUCCUUCGAUUCCGGCUGGGUGUGUCGCGCCCGAAGACUGGUGGUCGCGAAGCGAUCGUUGGACACGUGCUUGGCAAGUUUCGGCACGAGGAGGUGGACCUGUCGAAGGAAGCCCUAGGUCGAGCAGCCGUGGCCGUCGAGGACCUGGCGGAUGGCGUUUCUUGGGACAAUGUCAUGAACAAGUUCAACCGUCCCGCGACCGCGACGGUGGCCUAG